AUGGCCGAACCAGCACAGGAAACACCGUGCUUCUCAAUGGAAAAGGCCGAACGGGCAUUUCUCGAUGGAAACUUCGAGGAGGCACUCAAACAUUUCUUCGUCUGCAUACGAAUGCUACCAGUAGAACGACGUGGAGUCUAUGAAGAUCAGUUUGCUGCAGCUCUUCAUGGCUGGAUUGCGCUGGACCACAACAAUGCUUCCCGGGCUGUCUGCCUUUAUCCACAAAUCAAGGAAUUAUUCCCGGAAACGAUUCGAACGAAAAUCGCUCUGAUUCGUGCUGUACAAGGAACCGAGCAGAGUAAAUGGCUUCUGAAUUGCCUGCCGAUUUGCAAAGAUUCGAUGGAUUUGGCGACGAAACCAGAGGAUUUGGUGGCUUUGAGGAUUGCACGUGUCAAUUUAACCACAAUUCCAUUCCCACAGUGGCAUAUUCGAAUGAUCAAUGAUGUGAAACGAAACGAAGCGUUUGCCAAAGCUCUAAACGACACUAUCAAGAGCAGAAUCACAGUUGUCUUCGAUAUUGGAUCCGGUACUGGUAUUUUAUCGGCUAUUGCUGCGAGAAAAACCAACUUGGUGACCGCUCUCGAAGAAAAUAUGUGCCUGACAAUGAUUUCUAAGGAGGUUUUAAAGAGAAACGGUGUUGAAAGUCGUGUUAAUGUUCACGCAAAGAACUCGACAUACUUUGAAACUUGUGAAAAAGCCGAUAUAGUCGUUUCCGAAACUCUCGAUUGCUGUGUAUUCGGAGAAAAAAUUGUAGAGACUUUCUUGGACGCUCAUGUUCGUUUUUCACAUGACAGAACUAUCUUUAUUCCGCAUCAGGCUACCGUCUACGUCCGUCUCUUCAGUUGUCGUGAAAUCUUCGAUAUUCAUUGUCAAGACUACGGAGGAGUUCGUUAUCGAUCCGAAUACGUGAAAAUUGGCGAAUCAGAUGCCGAACAACCGUACUGGUGUGCAUCAGCUGCAGAUUACUCUCAAUUUGAACUUCUUUCUGGUUCAGUAGCCAUGCAUUCGGUCGAUUUUAGCAGUAUUGCCAAUUUGAAGGAUUCACUUGCCAACUCGAAUUCUUUCAAAAUUCGACCGGCGAAAGAUGGAGUAGCACACGGAUUUUCUGUCCAUUUCACAUCUGAUCUAACUGGUCACGGAGACAAUAUCAUUGACUCGUCAAAAUCAAGAGCAUGGGAUCUUGGAAUUAUUCCAUUCAAGGAACCAUGUUUGGUGAAGUGUGAUAAAGAAUAUGAAGGAUCAUGGAAACUCUUGAAUAAUCGAUUGGAUGUGUACAAUGAUUUUUACGACGAAAAUCUUCAAAAGCACGAGGACAGUCUUCGCUACGAGACCGCUUCACUGGAUCAACUUCAGAAAAUCCGUGAUGAUAGUUAUUUCAAGGCAAUGAUGGGAGAAAUUGAUCCGAUUGAACUUCCAUUUACUCGUGAUAUUUCAUCGAGUAUUCCAGCUCAGUGUGUGCUUAAUACUGUGGAAAGCCAAACGCCUAUAAGGCAUCUUAUUACUAACUUCUGUCGCUACGACGGUACAUUGGAUCAAGAGACAUUCUUCCGAAUAGAAGAAUUCGUUGGAUUCCGAGAUCACGUUCAAAAGAUUGUUCCAACAAAAUUCCGUAUUCUUGGACAUCUCUUCUAUUCAGAUAGAGUUCAUUUCGAUGCUCGACCAGAUCCUUCAGCUCAUUGUCAAGUCGAUUUGAGUACUGUUCGAAGUUUUAAUCUUCGAGAGAUGCGUGAUAUUAGAUUAACUCAACGAGAAGAUAUUGUGAUGGCUUCGAAGGAAUUCGUGUUAUACGACUUUAAUAUUAGCGCUGAAAAGUUCCGACAGGACACAUAUAUCACUGUAACACAGGACGUUACGGUUCAACCAACUCGCCCCAUCGCCGACGGUGUCAUCUAUGAAUUCGAAAUCCUGGGAAUCAGAAACACGAAACUUCGUCCGGUUGCCGCGUUCCUUUUCCCGGAAAGAGUGAAUACUAAUCCAGAUAUGACAGUGGUAUUCGAUUUGCAUCUCGGUGAAAUGCUCAUCUCGCUCAAAGAUCUUCCAUAAAUUGUCGAAUUUCUUCAAUUUCAUCAACAGUUUCUCACAAACAAUUCAACAAUCGAUAUCAAUUAAUUCUAUUUUUUUCUAAAUUUUCUUACUUAUCUAAAUCUCGGACCCCAUUAUUUCCCUUCUUUCCAAAAUUUUUCUCAUUGCACUGAUAAUUAUUAAGGCUGGGUUUUCUUAAAAUUUUAAAAUUUAAACUCAAAUUCACUCCCAAAUAUUGUAGGAUCUAACUAUUCCACUAUUCUGUUAAAUUCCCGAUUCCUCCAACUUUUCGUUGCCUUUUCUAUUUAUUACUUUUUUAUUUUAUUUGUUGAUACCUUUGAUUUGAAUCAGCUACUACCUGAAUGAUUACUUUCUUUCAAUACCAUUUCUCGUUAAAACACGCAAUAAAUCUCAGUUUCUC